CCACACCGUACCAUCGAUGUCAUUCGAACGAGUCUCAAGACCCGCAAAAUCCAAUUUGAUAGCAUACCAUGGCCCAGCCUUGAUGAAUUAUGUUUCAAUACCGCCCUCUUCCCCCGGUCUCCCCUUCUGGCAAUCCAAGCAUCCGUAUCCUAGAACUCCAGCCCCGCCAUUUCUCACCAGACACACAAGAGGACACUGUCCAAUGCAAACUUCUAGACGCCCACCUUGGAGAAUGCGAGCCCUAUGAGACACUCUCAUAUUGCUGGGGCGAUGUGCAAGUUAAAGUUCCAAUCGCCGUAGAUGGACAACGUUUCGAGGUCACAGCAAACCUGCAUGCAGCAUUGAAACGGCUACGCAUGUACGCUCAAAAGCGACGGAUAUGGAUCGAUGCCAUCUGUGUGAACCAAAGUGAUAUCGAUGAGAGAAACGAACAAGUUCGUCUCAUGAGACGCAUCUACACAGAAACAUCUCGGUGUUUCGUUUGGCUAGGACAGUUUUCAGAAGAGGAAGUUAAGCUUGGAAUCGAAGCUUUGAUGAGGUUAGAGCAGCACCGCAGAGCUGAUGAGAUUUCAACAAAAGUCGAUCCGUUCGCACUUACGAAAUCUAUUAAUCGAUGGAUACGUAGCAGUCCGGCGAUUGAGUCUCUAGAGGCUUUGAAGGCACUUGUUGAGUCGCCGUGGUUUAGUAGAGUGUGGGUUAUUCAGGAGAUUACUUUUCCGCCUUGUGUGACGAUUUUGUAUGGUUACACGACCUUGGAUUGGGAUUUUACGAUCGCGGCUUUGGAUCAUGUGGGCAUGCUGAGUUUGUAUCUCCGGGAUACAGCUCAUGCGGAUCGGAUCCGUGGGUUGAACACUGUUCGUUCGAACAGGGUGGAAAUGUCACGUCGUGGCGGCAUCAACCUCACGGCUGAGAUACAAGACCCGUGGUGGAAGAUGUUGAUUCAGUUUCGAGGAUUCGAGGCUACUGAUCCUCGCGAUAACGUGUUUGCGUUGAUGAGUUUGGUGGAUAUUCCGGAUGAUGGGAUGUUCUCGGUUCCUGAUUAUCAUAUGGCGGAGGCGGAGGUGUAUAGACUGUUUACCAAGAAGAUGUUGUGCUGGACGAAGAGUCUGGAACCUUUGAUUUAUGGGAUAAGUUCGGCUCCUGGUGGGAGGCAGACUCGUGGUCUGCCUGCUCGACUGCCUAGCUGGGUGGUCAAUUGGAGAGAAGCACUUUGCUCGCGGCCUUUGACAGGUCGGAACUUCAAGGCGGCCCGGUCUUCUCUGCUUGAUAUGGAAAAGAUCAAUUCAUGUUCAGAUAGACUAGUAUUAGAGGGGUAUCCUAUCGACGAAAUCACCUAUAUAUCAGCACCAUCACCGUACGAACAGUCAAAUGUCAUCGGAGUGCCGCAACGACUUGAGGAUUGGAAGUCUGGUAUAAGCGAAUUUCUAUCCAACAGCUCUCUUCCAAGUCUAGAAUUUGACGCUGCAUUUUACCGGACAAUCAUGGGCGGAGCAUCUGAGCUCCACAGCGAUCGACUUGAUGUCCAAGCAAACGAAGUCGGUCAGAUCGUGAGCGAGUAUCUUGCUUUGCGCGACACAACAAGCGAGGCAAAGGGACGAUGGGUCGAAGACAAUAUUACGGAAGCGAGAUUCGUCGCUUAUACGAUUGUGUCUGGAUAUAUAAGUAGUGCUUGUACGAGAAGGAGAUUGAUGGCUACUACUAGGCAGAGAAUUGGCCUUGUUCCAGAUAAUGCGGAGGUUGGAGAUUCGGUCUUCCUUCUGAAGGGCAGCGAUACACCGUUUGUGUUACGGCGAAAAGAGGAGCAUACUUGGUUGCUUAUAGGUCACUGCUAUGUUGAUGGAGUUAUGUAUGGAGAGGUUUUUCAUGAAGACGCUUGUUUGGAGGUGAUUUUGGCGUGAGUCAGCAUUCAAAGACUUUUGCCAAAUUCGGGAAACAGGUCAUGACCAUUGGCUGUGAGCUGAUUCUCAGGGAAAUGGAGCUCGGCAUGCCAUUACUCACUAUGCCCCUAUCAACCACUAACAUGAAGUUGGUCAGUGUUUACUUCCAGCACUUUUAGCGAGACUCGGUCAAGCAGAGCCGGGGUCAUAAUGGCUAUGUAGUGUUCACGUCAACCUAGCUCUAGAGACUUUGACCAUUGAUUUCAGGAAAUGGGUUAUGACUUUGGAUGUCAUUGAAUCUUUCAGAACACGCUCUUUAUCAUUCAUUUAAAUUCGUAACGUAAGAUCUUACCAAAAAUCCUCGAC